UCUGAGUCAGAUUUAACAUCUGUUUCCAUCUGUUAUUGUUUCAGUUUUUUUUCAGCCAGUCACUUCCACAACAUCUACCAGUUCUACUUCUACAGGUGAGGAUAAUGCUGGACUGGAAUGUAAUAUUGAAAUGCGACCCUCCAUAAUCAGUGUCUUCAUGAAGUACACAGUAAUUCAGCAUCUGAGUCUGAUUUGAUGUGUUUUCGUGUUGUUCUUUUUUUUUUUUUAGGUUAUAUACAGCCUGUCACUUCCACAGCACCUACCAGUCCCUCUACUACAGGUGAAGUGUUGUUGAACUGGAAUGUGGCUUUCAGAAGAAGCCCCUCCUAAUUAUUGUCUUCAUAAGGAACACAGUAGUUCAUCAUUUCAGUCUGAUUUAUCAUCUGUUUCCUGUUUCACUGUUUCAGUUCCUUUACAUCCGGUCACUUCCACAACAUCUACCAGUCCUACAUCUACAGUUGCUUUACAGCCGAUCACUUCCAUGACAUUUCCCAGUUAUGCAUUUACAGAUAAACUACUGACAGUCACUCCCACAACAUCCACCAGUUCUACUUCUACAGAUCAUUUACUGACAGUCACUUCCACAACAUCUACCAGUCUCACUACUGAGGUUCCUUUACAGUCGGUCACUUCCACGACAUCUACCAGUUCCACAUCUACAGUUUUUUUUCAGCCAGUCACUUCCACAACAUCUACCAGUUCUACUUCUACAGUUCUUUUACAGCCAGUCACUUCCACAACAUCUACUAGUUCUACAGGUGAGGAUGAUUUUAGACUGAAUGUGGCAUGA